GCGGGUCUCUCCUCACCGAUUGGUGCUCGGGAGCUCCGCAUUGGUGGAGUUGAGUUAUUUGAACCGAGUAGAAGCGGCUAGGCUACGUUCCCGAGAGUUCGGGAGAUAUUUCUGGCAUUUUGAUCUUUGUCCUGGUCCUUGGCUUCCGGGAAGCCGGCGGGUCCCAGACGGCGGGUACCUGACUGCCCGGCGCGGGCAGCUGCCAUGGCGACGGUGCAGGCAGCUUACUGCCCGGAGGAGAGCGGGCGGCGCGCACGCCGAGAUCCCGCGGCCGAGGACGCGUCUCCGCCGGUGCUGUUGCUCAGCCACUUCUGCGCCGUUCCCUUCCUCUGCUUCGGGGAUGUCCGCGUGGGCACGUCGCGGACGCGGUCUCUGGUCCUGCACAACCCGCACGAGGAGCCUCUGCAGGUGAAGCUGUCGCUGCUGCGCGCCGCAGGCCAGGGCUUCAGCGUGUCGGCGAAUCGCUGCGAGCUGCAGCCUAAAGAAAAAAUUACCAUUUCUGUUACCUGGACACCACUGAAAGAAGGGGGAGUAAGGGAGAUUGUGACAUUUCUUGUAAAUGAUUUUCUGAAGCACCAGGCUAUAUUACUAGGAAAUGCAGAAGAGCAUAAGAAGAAAAAGAGAAGUCUUUGGAAUAUCAGUAAGAAGAUCCCAGCCUCUUCAACACAUAUAAAAAGGACUUCCAAAAACCAAAAUGUUAAUGAAUCAUUUACUAUUUCACAGAAAGACAGAAUUAGGAGCCCACUGCAGCCUUGUGAAAAUCUGGCUAUGAGUGAAUGCUGUUCCCCAACAGAAAACAAUUCUUUACUCCAUGAAGAAAACAAAUUACUCACCUCAUCCAUUAGCCCUGUUAGAGAAUGCCAGAGUGAAACUUGCUUGCCACUGUUUUUACGAGGGUCUGCUGCCUAUUCACCUCUUCAUGAAUCUGAAAAUGCACAACAUUUGAAAGUACAAGAUGCCAGCAUUUCAAAAAAUUUUGAUUUUAAUGAGGAAGUCACAAAUGAAACUUUUUUUAAUCCCAUUAGUGUCAGUUACCAACGUGAAGGGGAUAAUAAACUCACACUUACCCCAAAUUGUUCUUCACCUUUGAGUAGUACACAAACCCAAAUACAGUUUUUAAGUCCAGAUUCUUUUGUAAACAACAGCUAUACAUCUGAUAAUGGCCUGAGAUCAAUGAAAAAUGUUUUAUCAGAUACAUUUAGGAAAGAUCCCUCACAGUCUGUAUGUCUGGAAUCCCAAACUGUACAUGAAGUUUGCCAAACAGUGUUAAGCCCAGAUUCUUUUUUAAAUGACAAUUAUGGACUUAAAAAAGGUCUAAACUUAGAAUCAGUCAAUCCCGUUUUGUUUCCAACACAAUUUGUAAAGGAUAACAUGGUCCAUGUAGGUCAGCAAACGGAUAAGUUAUCAGCAUUGUCAAAUCAAACCUCUCAGGAUUGGAGAAUAAAUGAAGGUUCGGCAUAUAACCCUGAGUGUCAGCAUGCACAAACUGCCAACAGUAGAUUUGAAAAACAAAACCCUGUAGAAAUGAAGUCACAUAACUAUGGUUGUACAAAGCAAAAGCCCAAGAUUUCUGAGCUUCAAGAUGCUUUUUGUAACCAGAGCAAACAACCAAAAAAGAGACGCCCGAUUCUUUCUGCUACUGUUACGAAAAGGAAGCCCACCAAUGCCAGAGAAAAGCUCCCUGAGAUUAACAAGCCAAACGCAAAAAGAUGUCUCGAAGGUCUAGUAGGUGAAUGUGGAAAAGAAGUAGAUAACCUAAGAGGGAAAGGUUUUCAUUCUUCUCUUCCAGUUGUAGAGCCAGUAAUAAGUAAACCUCCGAGUUACAGAAAUGAAAUAACACCUUCAACUGUUGUAGUUGCUCGUAAAAGAAAGAGCAACGAAGCAGUGGGAGACGCAAAUGGAAAGCCAGCAGUUGCAGAAUGGAUGGACGUGUGUGAAAUCAAACGAAUCCAUUUUUCUCCUCUGGAAUCUACACCAUCAACUGUUGCGAGACCCACAAAGAAAGAAGCGCUCUCCUUAAAGCGUGUAAGCAGCUUGGAGUGGUCAGGCCUGAGGAAGAAAACGGAUUCAUUAAUAUUAAAAACACCUCUUUCUAAAACAAAGAAAAAGAGAAGAUCCAUUGUUGCUGUAGCACAGUCUCAUCUGACCUUUAUAAAGCCAUUAAAAGCAGCUAUUCCUAGACACCCAAUGCCAUUUGCUGCAAAGAACAUGUUCUAUGAUGAACGCUGGAAGGAAAAGCAGGAACGGGGCUUCACUUGGUGGCUAAAUUAUAUAUUAACACCUGACGACUUCACUGUAAAGACCAACGUUUCCAAAGUGAACGCUGCCACCCUUGUUCUGGGAGCAGAGAACCAACAUAAAAUAAGUGUUCCGAAAGCACCAACCAGAGAGGAAGCGUCUCUAAGAGCGCAUACAGCCAGCUGCAGGCUGAACAGAUUGCGUCGCACAGCUUGCUCCCUGUUUACUUCUGAAAAAAUGGUUAAAGCUAUUAAAAAGGUUGAAAUUGAAAUUGAAGUUGGGCGUUUACUUGUUCGAAAAGAUCGACACCUCUGGAAAGAUAUUGGACAACGCCAAAAAGUCCUGAAUUGGCUCUUGUCAUAUAAUCCUCUGUGGCUUCGAAUUGGUCUGGAGACAGUGUUUGGAGAACUGAUCCCUCUGACAGACAACAGUGAUGUCACAGGGUUGGCGAUGUUCAUUCUGAAUCGCUUACUUUGGAAUCCUGACAUAGCAGCUGAAUAUAGACACCCCACUGUUCCUCUCCUGUUUCGGGAUGGUCAUGAAGCAGCUUUGUCUAAGUUCACAUUGAAAAAAUUGCUGUUGUUGAUCUGUUUCCUUGACCAUGCUAAAAUUUCCAGACUUAUUGAUCACGAUCCUUGUCUCUUUUGUAAAGAUGCUGAAUUCAAGGCUAGUAAAGAGCUUCUUCUAGCCUUUUCACGGGAUUUCCUAAGUGGUGAAGGUGACCUUUCUCGGCACCUUAGCUUACUGGGCUUACCUGUGAGCCAUGUUCAGACACCACUUGAUGAAUUUGAUUUUGCUGUUACGAAUCUUGCAGUGGACUUGCAGUGUGGGGUUCGCCUUGUGCGAACCGUGGAGCUCCUCACACAGAACUGGAAUCUGUCAGAGAAACUCAGAAUUCCUGCAAUAAGUCGAGUUCAAAAGAUGCACAAUGUUGAUCUCGUCCUUCAGGUUCUCAAAUCACGAGGAGUUCCACUGACUGAUGAGAAUGGAAAUGCUAUCUUGUCAAAGGACAUUGUCGACAGGCACAGAGAGAAAACCCUUGGCUUGCUUUGGAAAAUAGCAUUUGCUUUCCAGGUGGAUAUUUCCCUUAAUUUAGAUCAAUUAAAGGAAGAAAUUGAUUUUCUAAAGCACACACACAAUAUAAAGAGAGCUACGUCUGCACUAACAUGCCCUUCGCAAGCUAUGACUAAUAAACAAAAAGACAAAAGGGUUAGUGGGAACUUUGAGCACUACGGUGACAGUGUGAAGUUGUUGAUGGAUUGGGUAAAUGCAGUUUGUGCCUUCUAUAAUAAAAAGGUGGAGAAUUUUACAGUGUCUUUCUCAGAUGGCCGUGUGCUUUGCUAUUUGAUCCACCAUUACCACCCGUGCUAUGUGCCUCUCGAUGCUAUACGCCAGUGCACCACUCAGUCCGUGGCUUGCGCACAGACUGGUUCAGUGGUAUUGAAUUCUUCUUCCGAAUCUGAAGGAGGUUGUCUGGAUCUGUCUGUUGAAGCGCGUGAUCACGAAAGUACUCCAGAAAUGUACAAAGAGCUUCUAGAAAACGAGAAGAAAAAUUUUCAUUUGGUGAGAUCUGCAGCUAGAGACCUUGGAGGAGUACCUGCUAUGAUUCAUCAUUCAGACAUGUCAAAUACAAUUCCAGACGAAAAGGUGGUUAUCACCUAUUUGUCGUUUCUUUGUGCAAGACUUUUGGAUCUCCGUAAAGAAAUAAGAGCUGCCCGACUUAUACAGACAACAUGGAGAAAACAUAAACUAAGAAGAGACCUGAAACACCUCCAGGAAAGAGACAAAGCUGCUAGAAUUAUUCAGUCAGUUGUUCUCAAUUUUCUAAGUAGACGAAGAUUGCAAAAAAAAGUCAGUGCAGCUCUGGUUAUUCAAAAAUGUUGGCGAAGAGUCUCAGCUCAAAGGAAGUUGCUGAUGCUGAAAAAUGAGAAACUGGCAAAACUUCAAAGUAAAUCAGCAUCACUUAUUCAGGCUUAUUGGAGAAGAUACUCCACCAGAAAACACUUUCUGAGGUUGAAACACUAUUCAGUCAUCCUUCAGUCUAGGAUAAGAAUGAAAAUUGCUCUUACAUCUUACAAACAAUAUCUUUGGGCCACAGUUACAAUUCAGAGGCGCUGGCGCACCUGUUUAAGUAGAAAACAAGAUCAGCAAAAAUUUAAAAAGCUAAAAUCCUCAUCCCUUGUUAUCCAGCUUGCGUUCAGAAGGUGGAAGCGACGCAAGCUACAGUUACAAAGCAAAGCUGCAGUAAUAUUGCAGCGAGCUUUUAGAGAAUGGCAUCUCAGGAAACAGACACGAGAAAGAUCUGCUGUUGUGAUACAGUCAUGGUACAGAAUGCACAGGGAAUUGCAAAAAUACAUUUAUAUUCGAUCUUGUGUUAUUGUCAUCCAGAGAAGAGUUCGGUGCUUUCAAGCCCAAAAGUUGUAUAAAAGAAGAAAAGAUGCCAUCCUGACUCUUCAGAAACACUACAGGGCAUACCAGAAGGGGAAGCUAGCACGCGCUGACUAUUUGCAGAAACGAGCUGCAGCCAUUCAACUGCAGGCUGCAUUCAGGGGGAUGAAGGCUCGCUGUUCAUACAGUUUGCAAAUUCGAGCUGCCUGUGUUCUUCAGUCCUACUGGCGAAUGAGACGGGAAAGAGGUAGAUUUUUAAACCUUAAAAAGAUGGUUAUCAAGUUGCAAGCACACAUAAGAAAACACCAACAACUACAGAAAUAUAAGAAGAUAAAGAAAGCAGCUAUUACAAUUCAGACUCAUUUCCGAGCUUCCAUUUCAGCCAGGAAAGUUCUAGCAUCUUAUCAGAAAACAAGGUCUUCGGUCAUAGUUCUACAGUCUGCAUACAGAGGGAUGCAAGCCAGGAAGGCAUUUCGUCAUGCUUUAACAUCUGUUAUAAAGAUUCAGUCAUAUUAUCGGGCUUAUGUAUCUAGAAAGAAAUUUCAGAGCUUCAGAAAUGCCACAAUAAAGCUGCAGUCGAUUGUCAAAAUGAAGCAGUCCCGUAAGCAGUAUUUACAGGUAAGAGCGGCUGCACUAUUUAUCCAGCUCUGGUACCGUUCGCAAAAACUGGCUGCACAAAAGAGAAAAGAAUACAUACAGGUGCGUGAAUCCUGUAUCAAACUGCAGUCCUACUUUAGAGGAUACCUGGUCAGAAAGCAGAUGAGGUUGCGAAGCAGAGCUGCCAUUUCUCUACAGUCUUACUUCAGAAUGAGGACAGCGAGGCAGCGCUACCUGAAGAUGUGCAAGGCGGCCCUUGUCAUUCAGAGUUUCUACUGUGCCUACCGAGCACAAGUCAGUCAAAGGAAGAACUUCUUGCAGGUCAAAGGAGCAGCUAUCUGUUUGCAGGCAGCUUACAGAGGCCACAGAGUACGCCAGCAAAUCAAACAGCAGUCUACAGCCGCUAUUACAAUUCAGAGAGUUUUUAGAGGCCACCGUCAGAGGAUGAAAUACCAGACUAUGCUUCAGUCUGCUGUGAAGAUUCAGAGAUGGUACAGGGCACACAAGGUUGCUUAUGACAUGAGAAUUCAAUUUAUAAAGACUAGAGAGGCUGUGGUUUCUCUCCAGUCUGCCUGCCGUGGCUGGCAAGCUCGGCAGCAGCUCAGGAGGCAACACCAGGCUGCGGUGAAAAUCCAGUCUACUUUUAGAAUGGCCGUGGCCCAGAAACAGUAUAAACUACUAAGAGCAGCUGCAGUAGUCAUCCAGCAGCAUGUCAGGGCCCGGGCUGCAGGAAAGAGGCAGCGCUUGGAGUAUGUCAGCCUCCGUCAUGCAGCUCUGGUGUUUCAGGCUGCAUGGAAGGGAAAGAUGCUGAGAAGACAGAUUGCCCGGCAGCACCGGUGCGCUGCCCUCAUACAGUCAUAUUACAGGAUGCACGUUCAACGCAGGAAGUGGAGCAAUGUGAAAACUGCUGCUCUUCAGAUUCAGGUGUGCUAUAGGGCUUACAAAGUUGGAAAAGAGCAGCGCCAUUUAUACUUGAAAACAAAAGCAGCUAUAGUAAUUUUACAGUCAGCUUACCGCGGUAUGAAAGUGAGAAAGCAGGUAGCUGAAUGCCACAAAGCAGCAGUCACUAUACAGUCUAAAUUUAGAGCUUACAGAACACAAAAGAAGUACAUGACCUAUAGAACUUCAGCUAUUAUAAUUCAGAGAUGGUAUCUGAAUAGUAAAAUUACAACCCAGCAGCGUCAGGAAUACCUUAACUUAAAGAGAACAGCAGUUAGAGUCCAGGCUGCUUAUAGAGGUCUUAGAGUAAGGAGACACAUUGAGCACAUGCACAUGGCGGCCACACUUAUUCAAGCCACGUUUAAGAUGCAUCAGUCGAGAGUAAGAUACCACAAGAUGAGAACUGCAGCUGCUGUGAUUCAGGUGAGAUACAGAGCAUAUUCUCUAGGUAAAAUUCAGCAUGAAGAGUACCUGAGGACUUUGAUGGCUAUUAAAACCCUUCAAGCUGGUGUCAGAGGAGCAAGAGUUAGACAGACUCUAAGAAAGAUGCAUUUCGCAGCAACACUCAUUCAGUCAUAUUUUAGGAGACACAGGCAGCAAACAUAUUUUCAUCGGUUGAGGAAGGCGGCAGUCUUCGUGCAGCAGAGAUACCGAGCAGUGAAAGAAGGAAGCGUUGAGUUUCAGAGAUACGGCAGACUGAGGCGUUCUGUAAUCCUUGUCCAGGCUGCCUUUAGGGGACUGAAAACUAGGAGACACCUAAAAGCUAUGCAUUUAGCUGCUACUCUCAUUCAGAGGAGAUUCAGGACUUUCCUGAUGAGAAGGAAGUUCCUCACUCUCAGGAAAACUGCAAUUUGGAUUCAGAGACAGUACCGUGCAAGGCUUCACGCCAAGUAUUCCCGACAACAAUUCCUGUUGGAAAAGGCAGUUGUAAAGAUCCAGUCAUCAUACAAAGGAUGGGUGGUAAGGAAAAGGGUGCAAAAGAUGCGCAGGGCUGCUACUGUGAUUCAGGCCACGUUCCGAAUGCACAGAGCCUGUAUGAGGUACCAGCAUUUGAGGUGGGCCUCAGUUGUGAUCCAAAGGCAAUACCGAGCACACAGAGCUGCAGAACUGCAGAGACAGCUUUUCCUCAGGCAGAGGCGUGCUGCUCUGAUCCUUCAGGCUGCCCUUAGGGGGAUGCAAACCAGAAGCCAUCUGAGGACUCUGCAUUCUUCUGCAACCCUUAUUCAGAGUAAAUUUAGAGUUUUAAUAGUAAGGAGACGAUUCAUCGCUCUCAGAAAAGCUGCUAUAUUUGUGCAGAGGAAAUUCCGAGCCACCCUUUAUGCCAAGCAUAAAUUGCAUCAAUUCUUGCAGUUACGAAAGGCAGCCAUUACAAUACAGUCCUCUUAUCGAAGGCUGAUGGUACAAAAGAAGUUACAAGAAACGCACAGGGCUGCAGCUCUCAUCCAGGCUACUUUCAGAAUGCACAGAACUUACGUUAGAUUUCACAUUUGGAAACGUGCCUCGAUUAGAAUUCAGCGGCAUUAUCGAACAUACAGAACUAUAAAACUGCAAAAAGAAAAACUCAUCAGAGAAGAAAAACACAGUGCUGCUGUCAUAAUACAAAGCACAUACAGGAUGCAUAGGCAGCGUUGUUCCUACCAGCAGCUUCGGUGGGCAGCAAAAGUAAUACAAAAAAAAUAUAGAGCAAAUAAGAGACAGCAAGAUCUGCCCAGUGCAUGUCAGGAAGAAACACCUCUUAUUCAGAUGCAUUUUCAGGGUUUAAGCACCGCAAGCCAAUAUCAGCAGCAGCAGGAGGCCGCAGCGACUAUACAGAAGCACUUCAGAGCCUCUGCAGCACGGAGGCUCAUGGAGUCUGAGAGAGGCUUCCAGGCUGUAUGGAGAAAAUGUAAAGCUAAGGAAUACUUAUCCAAAGUGGAAGCUGCCUGCAGGAUUCAAGCUUGGUAUAGGUGUUGGAGAGUGCGCAAGAGAUAUCUAAUUUUAUUGAAAGCUGUUAAAAUUAUUCAAGGUUACUUCUAUGCGAAGCUGGAGAGAACGAGGUUCUUGAAGAUGAGGGCAGCAGCUGUUGUAAUUCAAAGGAAAUGGAGAGCUGCACUCUCUGCAAGAGGAGCUUGUGAGAAUUUAAAACGGCAGCGAGCGGCCCGUGUGAUCCAAGCCCACUUUCGAGGUUAUCAGGGAAGGCAGUCCUUCCUACAGCACAGAGCUGCUGUUUUAAUCAUCCAGAGACAUGUACGAGCCUUGGUGGCUGGGAAGCGGGAAAGGAUAAAGUAUAUCAAAUUGAAAAAGUCUACGGUUGUUUUACAAGCAUUGGUGCGAGGCUGGUUAGUAAGGAAAAGGGUUUCAGAACAGAAAGCCAAAACUCGGCUUCUCCACUUUACAGCGGCUGCCUACUGUCACAGGUGUGCUCUGAGAAUCCAGCGAGCUUAUAGACUCCACGUGGCUCUGAGGAAUGCUAAGAAGCAUCUUAAUUCAGUCAUCUUCAUUCAGAGAUGGUUUCGAAGAAAAUUACAACACAAGAGGUUCAUUGAACAGUAUCAUAAGAUCCUAAAUGCUGAGCGUGAAGCUCUGACAUGUUUGCGCCAGCAGGAAAGGGCUGCAUCCGUGAUUCAGAAGGCAGUACGGCACUUUCUCCUUCGUAGAAGACAAGAAAAGGUCAAUAGCAGCGCCACUAGAAUUCAGGCAUUAUGGAGAGGCUAUUCUUGGAGGAAGAAAAAUGAUUGCGCAGAAAUUAAAGCUAUCCGACUCAGGCUUAGAGCUGUGAGCAGGAAUGUGGAGGAGGAGAACAAGCUGUACAGAAGAACUUUGCACGCGCUUCAUCACCUGCUCUCGGGCAAAUUCUUGUCGACCAUUCUGGAUGCGUUGCAGCACCUGGAGGUCGUUACCAGAUUGUCCCCACUUUGCUGUGAGAACAUGGCGGAAAGCGGAGCGGUUUCCGCCAUCUUUGCUGUGAUCCGAAGCUGUAAUCGGAGUGUUCCUUGUAUGGAUGUCGUUGGCUGUGCUGUUCAAGUAUUGCUGAAUGUGGCAAAGUAUGAUAAGACGAUCUCGGCCAUUUACAAUGCUGAGAACUGCGUGGAGACACUGCUGGAGCUUUUGCAGAUGUACCAAGAGAAGCCUGGAAACCGAGUCGCAGAGAAGUGUGCCAGCAUUUUCACAAGAACGUGCUGUUUGUUAGCUGUGCUUUUGAAGACAGAGCAGUGUGCUUUUGAUUCACAAAUUAGAUCUAAAGUCAUUCAUCGUAUGUAUCGUCUCUACAAAUUUACAGUUCCUAAGCAUAAAGUAAAUACACAAGUAUUAUUUGAUAAGCAGGAGCAGAAUUCCUGUAUAAGCUUUCCUUGUAUAUCAGAAAGAUCUAUGAAGACCAAGAUAGUUUCAAGACUUAAGCCACAGUGGGUUUUGAGGCGUGAUAAUAUGGAAGAAAUUACAAAUUCCCUGCAAGCUGUUCACCUGGUAAUGGAUACCCUUGGAAUUCCUUAUUCGUAAAAGGAAACAUUUUCAGUGUGGGACAAAAAAAAAAAACAAAUUAUGCCAAUCAUGGAUACCUGGAGCAGUUUUUAUUGUCAGUGUAAACUGUUUAGACAUGACUUUGUAUAAAAAGAAAAAUGUAUAUUAAUAAAAUAAAAAUGUAUAUUAAUAUUGCAAGUUACUAAAUUGCUUAAUGAAUUCGUUUUUACUAUUUUUUUAACUUUUAAGAUUAUAAUUUAAAUGUUUUUCCCUUCCAUUUUUUCCCUCUAAACCCUGCCAUAUACCACUACCUGCUCUUUUUCAAAUUCAUUGCCUCUCUUCACUAAUUAUUAUGCAGGGGUUAUGUAUAUGUAUAUGUAUGUAUGUAUUCCUAAAUACAGUGUAAUAAACCCCUAUAAUGUCACUUAUAUGUAUGUUUUCAGAGCUGAUGUUUGGGACUGGUUCGAUGUAUGUGAAAACUUAGUUUGCUAUGACUUACAAUAUUUGUGUCUAUCAACUUAAAAAGUAUUAUUUUUUAAUGUAAUCCUAUCUCUAAAGGAAAAGUAAUAUCUUUGAUUUAUACAUAAGUUGAAGCACAUUUUAAAGCAAAAUAUUGGACUGAAGAUAAGUCUUCGAUCUUAUGUGAGAGAAUAAUAUGAAGUAACCCCAGGAUGUUUAUGUCUUAGGUUUUCUGUUUGUCUUGGUUGGUGUUCUAUUGCUGUGAAGAGACAACCGGAGCAUGGCAACUCUUAUUUAAUUGGGGCUUCCUUUCAGUGUCAGAGGUAAAUCCAUUAUCUUCAUACAGGCAAGCAUGGUGGCAUGUAGGUGAUGAGCUGGACAAGUAGCAGAGAGCUCUGAUUCCUGAUAGGCAGGCCAAGAGACCCUGGGCUUGGCAGGGGCUAUUGAAAUGAUAACGCCCACUCCCAACAAGGCCACACCUCUAAUCCUUUCAAAUAGUACCACGCCCUGGUGAAACAGUCAACUCUGAGCCAAACUUAUUCAAACUACCACACUGUUGCUGAAAUAAAAACACCCCACAAAGGGAACUUAAACAAGUGGGUUGUUUGGGCUUAGAGCUCAGGAAUCUAACUGCUCCUGUUGUACCCACUGCCAGGGAGCACAGUUCAAUGAUGAAUCCUUAUGCUCAGCUCACUCUCUCCUUUGUACAUAGCCAAAGAUCCCAGUCUGGGGAAUGGUGCUACCUGCAGUGGGCAGGUCUUCUCAUCUAGGUUGUUGCUGUAAUCAAGGCAAUACCUAAUAGGAAUGCCCAGCUUCACAUUUCCCAGAUUAUUCUAGAUCUCAUCAAGUUGUUGCUUGAGAUUGACCAUUACAACCUCAAGGCACUUUGCUUUGGUUUUCAUCUUUGAUUGGCAAAGCAUUUUGUAAGGGUCCAUGAUUCUCCAAAGAAUGAUACUCUGAACUCAAAUAGCUUGUAAACUCAAAAGAGUGUUUUAUUCUGCAGAAGUCCAACAUACUGGGGUCUCUCAUUACCCAGAUGGAGAGACAACUUAGUGAGCUCAGAGGCCAGAUUUAAAGCUUCUGGGGUGUCCAACAACAUGCAUUAAUCUGUCUGCCUUGUAUAUGUACCCCAGAUAGGUGACCUCAAAUUGACAAAGCUGGGUCUUCUUAGAAGACAGUCAGUAGCCAAGUUGACCCAGCUCCUGUAACAAGUCUUGUGUGGCCUCCUGGCAUUUCUCCAAAUCAGGUGCCCCUGAAAUGUACAGGAUCACCGUUUUGGGGGAGAGUGGGCCUACUCAGUACUCACUCAAGUCCUCAUGCAUUGCCUUCUCAAAGAUGGUGGGUGAGUUCUUGAAUCCUUGAGGCAGGAGUUUCCAAGUCACUUGUCCCUUGAAGCCUCUCUCAAAGUCUUGCUAUUCAAAGGCAAAUAGAAGCUGGCUUUUAGGUGCCAGAGGUAGGCUCCAAAGCCAUUCAGUGGCUGAAGCUUCCAGCAGAUGGCAGGAGCAGCUUGGUUAACAAAAGCCAUGUUCACAGGUUCUCUCUGGUCUGGGUCAAAAGGAGUGUAGGUCCUAUAGGCUUCUAAGUCUUUCUAGAUAUUCCCUGGGGUUCUCAUUCUUUCCCUUCAUCACCUGGCUCACCUUAGAUAAAUUUGUAGGCCAUCUGGUGGCCUCUCAAAGGCAUCCCCAACAGAAUCUGGCUGUAGACCCAGAGCCUCUCCUUACCUUCUACAGUGUUAAAAUCCCAGUCAGGUGGAGUCAAGGGAAAGGCUGCAUCGAUAUUAGCCUGAACUUGAGUGGUCAGCCCAUUUACUCCCAGAACUAAAUUCUGGGUGGCUCCCACAAUCCUCUCUCUCCUCUGUCUUGAAGAAGAUCUGGAGCAGUUGUUAACAGUUGUCCCAGGUGGGCUGGUGAGUCAGCAUGAUUGAAUCUAGAAGACCUGUGAAAGCUGAUGGUCUUUCUAAAAAUGGGGAGUUCUGCAACGUCCAGUUGUAAGGAUUAUUACUGGCACAUGACACAUAUGUCAUGAACUGUCUCCCCUAAGCGUCUGGGCGGCACCCAUAGCCUGGAUGGGUAAGGCAGUAGUAGAGUCAGCCCUCUGGGAAGUAUAGACCAGAGUAUGAGGUGGACUCCAAGUAGAGUCAGGAGAGUCAGGGGCUGUUCCUCCCUCUCUGCCUGUGCUGGCUGGGCAGGGGCAGAUGCCGGAAGAAAAACAUAAGGAGAGGGACAUAGAUCCUCCUCGGGAGCAGAAAAGGGAACAGGGCAGGGGGCUGUGGCUGACCCCCCUUUAGAUGAAGGUGGGGAGCAUCGAAGCCCAGAGCUCUUGGUUCAGUGGCUCUCAUAAACUAAACCUUCACCCUGUAAAUAAUGAGAAGAAACAAUGUCCCCUCCUCAGGCCAUCCUACUUUAUAGGUGGGCCAUUCAUUCUUGCAAAAGAUGGGUAGUUUUUGGGGUCAAACAACCAGACCUGAGUCUUCUGCAACUUGUGAAAGUCCUUAAAAUGGUUCAGGCCAAGCCCAGUGGGGUGCUUUGUGCUUAUCCCAUCCUAGGAAUCAAAGAAAAAUAUGUACAAGAGGGCAAAAAGCACAAACAGAAUACACACAGACAGACACAGGACUUUCCUCAGAAAACAAGACUAAAACCAAAAAGGCUUUCUCAGACAGUGGCCCACAGACCCACAGACCAUUCAGAAUCCAGAAGAGAAUUAGCAAGUUCUCUAGCUUCUGGUAGGGAGUCAGGAGCAUCCUUCCUUGUCCCUGACUGGGUGACAAUACUUGUCUGCUUUGUCCCUCUUGGUCUCCAGAUUAAACCCAAAACAGAAACACAGAUAUUGACAGGACAAAAGACAACUGGGCACCCAUACUUACCGAUGGGAAAAACACUCCACUGUUUGGGUCAGGAGAUCUCCAACAAAUUCCCAGGAUGAGCCCCCAAAUGUAAGGGUCCAUGAUUCUUAAAAGAAUGAUACCCUGGACUCAAACAGUAUGUAAAUGGAAAAGAGCAUUUCCAUUCUGCAGAAGCCCAGCAUGCUGGAGUCUCUCAUUAAGAUAGAGAGACAACCAAGUGAGGUCACUGGCCAGAUUUAAAGCACAUUAGGAGAUUGCAGGGUAGAUGACCUUUCUCUUACUCCAUCUCUAAGGAUAUUCUAUUACUGGGGUGUCAGGGCUGGAGACUUGCUGGGAAGGUCUGGGAAUUGUUGCUGAAGAAGUAGCUGAGGAAAUCUGUAAACUGCUGCUGAUCCAUUGUCCUUGCCUCAGGCCAGGUGGCAGGGCAGGUUCUGAGGGCAGGGCUUGCCUGGAACUUGCCAAGCUCUUGGAAACAGAGAUUUAGGCCUAGUCUCUUGAACUGCCAAUUUGAAGCCUGUCAUGGAGUCAGCCUAGCCUUCUCAAUUCAAUUAAACGAGCAAGAUUUUUCUAGAGAUACUUCUGAAGAGGUAGGCUUAGGAACUUUGGAAGAUUUCACCAGACCCCCUCCCCUCGUGGAAGAGAAAGGUCAUAGAGCUCAUAGGCACCCCUCCCCUCCUGAAGGGUGAGUCUAAUUACAUUCCUCAGGCCUCAGACCUACCAUUGUCCCCCCCCCCUCCAACCCCCACAGACAAGGAAAGCCCUUGCUACCUCAUUCCCUAAAGACCAAUCAGUUUAAAAAUCACACAGUUCUGCCAAAAUUACAUUGUGCCUAGUGGCUGUUGCUCUAUUCUACCCCUGAAAGCUGUAUAAAAACUGAUCGAACAGGCUGCCUGAGGUUGCCACCUCAUUUUCAGGUACAGGAUGACCCCAACCUACUGGAACAAUAAAUUCCUCUUGCUUUUGCAUUCAUCCCCAGUUGUUAUCUCCCGCAGCCUCAGCUCUGCUGGGGAGCACUGACAACCUGUACCUAGAGGCAGCCACCUACGGGGCUAAACAAUAGCCCGCUACACUGCCUUUGAAGACAGCAACCUGGAAGUGACACUGAGCUGUGAAAAGGCCUACCUGCUUGGAGACUUUAGUUUGCCAGAGACUCUGGCAUCUGAUUUCUGCUAAAGUGUUUAUGUUAUGCUUAUAUCUUGUGCCUGGAGAUUUCAGUUUCAGUUUUUACCUGCCCCUAUAAAUGUUCUAAAAAUCCCUAAGUAAAUGGAAACCUUGAUAAAGC